UUUAACGGUGAAUGGCGAUACCGUUUCUUUGCUUCUAUUUCCUCUUAUUUUAUUCCUUAAGCAAAAUGCUUUCGGUAACCUUUAUUCAAAAUUGUUGAAAUUUGUUGACUGUAGAGUGAUUGGAACAUUUGAGGAUUCAGCCAUAUUUUUAAUACAUUAAAUGAUGAGCAAAAAGUCAUCAAAUCUCACCGAGUCGGAUACAUUAAGACAUAAAAUUCUUAUUUCCAAAUGGUAAUGGCAAUGUCGACCAGUUCUUCGAAUGAAGAUGAAAGCUUCGCACGUUCAGUUUGAUAGUUGAAGGAAUUGUUCGUAAUUUGGAAAAGUACAAUGAAGCUCCAGAUUUAUAAGAAAUAUAUAUACUACUUAAAAUCGACAGGGACUUGUGUGGUUGUUGUGGGGGGAUGCUGGUUCCUGUAUCAACUUCGUCAGACUUCACAAAUUUUACGAUCAUCCGUAACGACCAAUGUUUUGGAUUUGGAGCAAUCUCAAGCUCAAUAUAUUUAUAUUGAUGAUCCGCGGUUCAAAGAUGUUCUUAUGUUCCGAAAUAAGGAAGAUUUACGUGCUUCCAUUGCGGAGAAGCCUCGUACUCUCACUUAUAUUAUCACUAAAUGGUGGAAAUCUCUCAACCGUAAUCUAGCAUACAAAUUACUUGAUUUAGCACAAAAUGGUUGUGCUAGCGACAGAGAAAAAGCAGUAUAUUCACUUAGUCGUCUAAAGCACUUGAAAGAUUGGCACUAUUGGCAUAUGGCUCAAAUGCUUGAUGCUAAAACUGCAGUUGCUCUUGCACGAAUGCCAAAUGUAGAUUUGAGAUUUUUUCUUAGACCACCGUAUUACCACAUGAAGCACAAACUAUAUGAUGUAAUUGAGAAUUUGCAUUACUUACUGCUCGACUUGGACAGUCUUUGCCAAAGUUGUCAUCCGUGCCUAACUCAAUUUUUAAACAAGAAAUUCCAUGAUACUCAUCGCGAUGGACUGAUAUUUGAUCAUGAUUUAACAAGUGUCGGACUUGCUGUGCCACCAGCCAUAAUUUGGGAUCAAGAUUUGUUAUAUAGUUGCGUUCAAGCGAUCCAUCAUCAUUCAUCUUUAGAUCAGCAUAGUAAAGACAUCGUCGAUGCUGGUGGUUUGCCUAUAUUGAUGAAUGUCCAAAAACUUGUUGGCGACAACAUAAAUAUUUGCAUAUUGCUUGCGAAAAUAAUUUCCAACAUAUCAUUACACGAAGAAUACCUGAAUGACCUUUUUCGAUCAGGAUGGAUCGGAAUUUUGGCAAAAUGGUUGCAAAACCCAGAUUUGCGGCUGUCAGCAACGGCAGCUCGUGCACUUGCAAAUUUGGAUAUACAAGAUGCAUCAAACGAGAAAUAUGCGCGUCGAAUUUAUGUGCUUCAUCCUUUACACAGAAAUCAAUCUGCACGAAAGUUAGACGUUGUCUUCGUUCACGGCUUAUUAGGCGGAGUUUUUGUUACUUGGAGACAACGCGAUCCUGACACAUCCACACUAGGAUUUGUGACAGAUGCUCAUUCACCCUGCGGCACGGAUGCUUUCACAUCCAUGCUUGCUGAGACUCCUCAGGAAUUCUUAAAGGAUCUUGCGCACGAUCUUCGAAUGCGAGAAUGGAAGAAAAUCGGUGAAGAUUUUGAAGUAAUACUGGACGACUGUCCAGAGAAUACAAAUUGCAGGGCCUGCGGUCCCUUCACUUGCCGAGGGGAUAAUGUCUGUAUGGAACAAGCGGAACGUGAUCGAAUAGCCAGAACUGAGUGUUGGCCGCGAGACUGGCUUCCUAGGGAUGUACCAUCCUUACGCGUAAUAGGAAUAAAUUAUGACACUAAUUUAUCUAUGUGGACUCCGCUUUGUCCAAUCGAAGGCCUAAAGACUACCAUUGACGAACGAAGUGAAGAAUUUGUAAGGAAACUUCUAAUGGCGGGUGUUGGGAAAAAGCCGAUAGUGUGGAUUUGUCAUUCGAUGGGUGGUUUGCUCGUUAAAAAAAUGCUGGUUGAAGAAUGGAAACAAGGUGACAAACAUAAUCUGUGCCAAAAUACUCGUAGUAUCGUAUUCUAUAGUACUCCGCAUCGCGGUUCCCAUGUUGCCGCGUUAACGCAAACUACGCAAAUGUUAGUUUGGCCAUCGGUCGAAGUGCAAGAAUUGCGCGAAGAGUCCCCAAAACUGCUGCAAUUGCACGACGAGUUUAUCCGUAUGUUGAAAAACUACACUAUGGAUAUUGUGAGUUUCAGCGAAACGAAAUCGACGCUUGUCACUGCUUUGAAAUUUCCUUUUCAAUUUGUCAAUCCUAAUUCUGCAGUGCAGCAAUAUUUCAGAUCCUGGAGUGGGAGAAUUUUUUGAAAUUCCACAGGACCACCUUUCAAUAUGUAAACCAGCAAACCGACAAUCCUUCCUCUAUCAAAAAGUCCUGAGUAUCGUUAAGCGUCAUGUAAAUGCUGAAAAUAAUAGUUCAAAAAAAGUGUAAUGAAGCCACAAGAAGCUAUUUUGAAUUAAUAUAACCAUUGAAUGUAACAUCUGUACAUAAUUUUCUAAACUCUGUAAAUAUUUAAAAACGAUAAAUAAAUAUGAAAUCACGUUCCACGUUAA